AUGAGAUAUCUCAAAUUGUUAAUAGUUCUAUCAGUUCUAUUGGGAGUAUCUCUCUCAGCACCCAUUUAUGUAGGACAGAACCAAGGGUGUGGUUUGCAUUGCGAAGGCACUUCUUUCGAUCCAUUCGGCUCGAUCAAAGAAGCAUUGGCUAGUGGUCCUGACCGGUCAGGAAGGAUUAAAUUCAUUUUCAUCAAAACUGGUACCUAUACAGGAAUCAAUAACAUCAAUAUUUUAGUCUCUUCUUCAAAUCUCGUCAUAAGUGCGGAAAAUGAAAAUGCCAUAGUGACCAUUGAUUGCCAAAGUGUCGGACAAGCAUUUGUCAUAGAAAAGCAGAGUGUUGUAACUCUGAAUGGAAUCAAGAUCAUCAAUUGCUCUUCUUCUAAAGGUUCUUCUAUUUCAAUCUCUCAAAAGUCAUCAGUGAUUUUGGAUAAAGUACAAAUCUUAUCUUCAAGAAGCGAUUUCGGAUCAAUUUACGUCUCUCAAUCCAACCUUGUUGUUUCUAACUCUGCGUUUAACAGCAACACUGCCAUGACCUACGGAGCAGCCAUCUAUGCUACCCAAAACUCAAAAAUAGAAAUUGCUCCAGGCUCGACGUUUUCUGAUAACAAGCAACUGUCCGUUGUUGAUGACCAAGACCAAUAUGUCCUGUUCGACAUUACUGUCGAUGGUGCCAUGGCAACCGUAGAUCCAACAGUCAGUUUGUUGGCCUUGUGUUUGGGCUCAAACUCUACCGUUUCGGACAAAUCAACCUCCACGUCGAGGUGCUCUGUUGCUCCAGCCUACACCUCUCCAUCGGAACUUUUCGGUUGCCAACAGUCCAGUAUUCAAUGCACCUCUUUUUUCAAAGGGUUCUUUCGAGCAGACUAUCUUUGCUCGGAAGAGAGUUCAUGUGCCCCCUUCCAAAGUACCUAUCAAUACCAAUCUCCAUUCCCGGUUUUAAAUCAUCAAGACGGCCCCAUUAAAGGAAAACUGGUCGGUUAUUUUACAGUUCCCUUUGACACUUUCGUAUCCGAUCCAUCCUCGCAAACCGGCACCGUCAUCGAAACGAAUGUCUAUCUCAUCAAAAACCCCAUUCACAAGUUGACAAUAAGUUAUUCAUCAUUGUCCAAGGCAGUUGUCGGCCAAAGACAAAUGACUAUGGAGUACAGGCUAUCGACAGAUGACGAUUUCUCUCCCCUUGGAGAUUUGGUUUUUUACUCUCAAUAUGUUUGCGGCGAUGGCAUUUACGACCCAAACGAGCAAUGCGAGUCUGAUGCCAAGUCUUAUCGUUAUUGGAACCAAAACGAUGAUGUGGUCUGUGGAAAUGGCCGAUGCGAUGAACUGGAUCCAAAUGAUUGUAUCCAAGACUGCUUCCGAUACAUCACCCAAGUUUGUCCACCAAUCACUACAAGAAAGGGAAGGAACAUUCCAAUGUACGUAGAGUCUGACACAGUUGGUGAUUUGCUCUACAACACCUUUGACUGGAGACUGCCCGGCUACCAACACCUCAGUUUUGGAUUUGACCUUGUCACUGGCGAGCAGCAGGCAACACCAAUCUUUUUGUUUGACUUUUGCAGCCAAAAAGAAACCAAUGUCGUUGAAGAUACCUAUCGUGGUGCCCAGUACCAGAUUCCCAAAGAAAUGAAGGUUGUUUUCAUGCCCCAAUGCAGUUUUACUCAAACAAACAAGGUGUGGAACAACUCUGAAGAAAUUAAAAGGGACAUGGCCUCGAAAACUCUGUAUUCAGGUUCAAUCUCUGCAAGCUUUAGCAAAUUGCCUGCCCAAGUCAAUGCAGAAUACUCCCAAGACAGUUCCUACAAAAGAAGUAGCACACUGAGAAAGUCCAAUUCAGGAAAGAUCGUGGAAUCUUCUGUCACGUGUGAAAUUUCAAGGAUAACACUGACUCAACAUCCACUCCAUCCCAAUUUCAUUGCCGAUGUACUCGGGGUUAACUCCACUAACGAUGCCUACCAAAUGAUCCGAAAGUAUGGUACUCAUUUUUAUGCUUCGGCCACACUUGGAGGUACACUCAAGCAAUUCACAUCUACAACAACAUCAAUAUCCGAGACUGAAGUGGACACAUCAAAGGAAUUCAGCUCAUCGUUUAAUAUUGCAGUUUCAUCGCCAGUACUCGACAGCAAUGCUGCCUACGGUCAAGAAUACGAAAGCGAAGAAUCAAAUGAAGAAAGGAACCGAUUCCUAAGUGAAACUGAAAGAUCAACUCUGUUAAUAUCUGGUGGGCGACCUGGAUGCUUUGCACCUGGAACCAACGCAAACUAUGGUUCUUGGACUGGAUCAGUUGAUCUAUUACCAGUACCAGUAAACUAUCAAUUACUCCCAAUCAGAUCCCUAAUUCCGUCAUUGUGGAAGACUCAAAAUGGAACAUCAAUCAAAGAAAUAUGGACCACAGCGGAGAGCUUUUACUACAAGUUUAUGACCCGUUCUAAUAUGUUUGACCUAGAAACAGAAUUACAAAAGGAAAAUUACAUCUUGUAUUGGUUUCCACAUGCUCCAAAUCCUCUUUCACGAAACGCCACAUGGGAUACCAAAAUCAAUGUUAAUCCAUAUGGAAGAAACGGAAAACAGUAUUUCAUGACAUCUAUCGAGUUGGGAGCGAUCCCACUCAUUGACAAUGUUCUUGACAAUUUCUAUUCGUGUGAAAAGAAUUCGUCUACUUCUGGUUGUUUCUCUUCAGAGAUCAAUAUUCAACCCCCUUUUGGUCUGAAUCUCGAUCCAAGACAUAACAAGGUGUACUUUAGUACUUUCCAAGUUGGAGGACCAGCUGUCGUAAACUUUCCAACCAUAGUUUCCCCACACCCAAGCCUUCCAGGCAUCAAUGUAGUUAGAAACGUCGUUAUUAGCUCAGGAAAUACCUUUACACUGCCAAGAGUUUUCAUGUGGGAUAGCAGUUUCUGUAGACACCCUAUGCCCAUUCCGGUCUGGACCUUCAACUUUUUUGACUCAUCAUCAAUGCUCGUCCAAAACUCUGAAUACCCGGGAUACCUUCGAAUUCCUGCCUAUCAAACUUCCUACCAAGUUGUAACCAUCACUAUCCACAUAGGAAAAAAAAAAUCCUUUGAAUACGUCAUCACCAACCCAACUCCAAAUGGAGUCACCAAACUUGUGACCCUCAGCAAUUCACAAAUCGCACAGAUCAUGGUGGCCACUAGUUUGGAUUUCACCACCGACCCCCCAUCCAACAUUGAUUCCUCAGAAAAUGGAGUGCUUUUUAUUAAAGACGAUACAUAUCAAUAUAUCGCACUCUCUAUCCCAAGUUCACAAUCCCCUCUAAGUGACUCCUUCCCAACCCCAGCAUUCCAAGACUGGUCCGUACUUAGAAACUAUGAUCAACAAAUGAUUAUGACUGAAAGAGACUUUGUUUUGGACGAUGAUUAUUGGCAACAAUUCGCAUUCCAAUUGCCCUCGAGCAAAUUCUUUCCCCUGUCCAUGUUUGAAAAAUGUGAUGCUGCUCACAUGACUUAUUAUUACGUCGAAAAGAAACACGGGCCUACUUCACAAGACACGCCAAUGGACGCGACUAAAAUGUGGGAUUCAAUGAUCGAUCACUUAGACACUCUUACUGUGCCCAAGUUGUAUCAUCGUACCGUUGUCAUCUGA